AUGGGAUUUAGCUUAAGAUUUGUUGCUCUUAUCAUGUUUUGUGUGUCUACGGUAACAUAUCAUGUCACUUAUGGAGGAAAGAAGUUGGGGCCGAUUGUUCCAGCUUGUGGGAUACGUCAAGGGGAUCCUAUAUCUCCGUACUUGUUCUUGAUUUGUGCUGAAGGGCUCUCUUCUCUUUUAACUCUGUAUGAGCAGCGUAGAUGGUUGACUGGUUGUAAAGUGGCUAGGAGUGCGCCUCAGGUCUCACACAUGCUAUUUGCUGAUGAUAGCUAUGUGUACUGCAAGGCUAAUGCGUCGGGACAACAGGUGAAUUACUCAAAGUCUUCAAUUUUUUUCAGUAAGAACUGCUCUGCUGAUACCUGUGCUAGUCUCUGCGAUCUUAUGGGAAUGGUGGAAGCUGGGGAUAAUAGUUUUUAUCUUGGCUUACCUUGCAUUUUGGGUCGUAACAAGAAAGCUAUCCUUGGCUUCUUGCAAGAAAAGAUGAAGAAGAAAAUUUUUACUUGGGAGAGUCGUUUCUUGUCAAAAGCGGGUAAAGAAGUUUUAUUGAAAUCGGUUGCUCAGGCUUUGCCUUGUUAUGCCAUGAGCGUGUUCUUGCUAACAAAGGAGAUUUGUUCUAAUCUUGAAGGAAUGAUGGCUAAAUUUUGGUGGAAAUCUCAAUCAAACUCAGGCUCGAAGGGUGUGAGCUGGAUAAGUUGGAAGCGGUUGAGUAGACAUAAGAUUGAUGGUGGGAUGGGUUUUAGGGACCUUCGAGAUUACAAUCUUUCUUUCCUUGGUAAACAAGAUCCUUGGCUUCCUGAUCCUACAAAUCCCUUUGUUUUAUCUGAUCAUCCUGGUUUAGUGAAUCAAAAUGUCUCUAGCUUAUUUUCGAUGCAAUCUAAGAGUUGGGACUAUGAUAUUAUCAAUGACCUGUUUGAUGAAAGGGAUAAGAACCUUGUGUUAUCUAUACAACUGAGUGAGAAUGCAAUGGCUGAUAAGUGGUAUUGGAGUGAAGAAGCUAAUGAUCAGAUGCUCUUCAAAGCUAUAUGGAAGCUGGAAGUCCCUCCGAAGGUGCAGCAUAUUUUGUGGCGUAUUUUAGUUGGAUGCUUACCAACAAAGGUUCAACUAAGCACCAAAAAGAUUAAUGUUGAUUUGUACUGCCCUUUCUGCAAUUCAGCAGUGGAAACCAUUAGCCAUGUCUUGCUCGAGUGCAGAUUUGCAAACAGCUGCUGGUGUGUCUCGAUUGUUCCUGCUGGUGCGGACAGUGGUGGCUUCAACAAAUGGUUGUCCGAUCUCGUUGUGCACCAUUCAGCUGCUGUUUUCAAAGAAGCAGCGUGUGUUAGUUGGAAAAUAUGGGCUGUCCGCAAUGAACUACUAUGGAAUAACAAAAGUUGUUCUGCUAUUGAUGUGGUCCGAUCGGCUAGGAUAGUGCUUGACCAAUAUUGUACUGCUCAAUCUCAAAAGACGAGGGCAUUGUUAUUUAAUGAUAUUAAUAAUGUUAAUGAGCGGUGGAAGAAACCAAUUGCUAAUAUGGUCAAGAUUAAUGUCGACGGGGCUAUCUUUCAAGAACAAAACAAGUUUGGUUUUGGUUGCGUGGCUCGUGAUUCGAAUGGUUUUCUCCUUGAAGCUAUUUCUGAGUCUCGGCUUGGGGUUGUUAAGCCCGAGAUUGCUGAGACCAUUGGGAUUAAGGAGGCUUUAAGUUGGAUAGAGAGGAAGCAAUGUCCCAGUGUAGUCAUUGAAACUGAUGCUUUGGUGGUGGUUCAAGCUAUUCAUAGCUCGAUUUUAAUGCCUUCUCAGUUUGGUCUACUUGUUGAUGAUUGUCGGGUCUUACUCUCGUAUUUAAAUAAUGUUUCUUUAAAGUUUGUUAAACGAUCUGGAAAUAGGGCUGCUCAUUGUCUUGCUAGAGAGUCGUAUUUUUUCGUCAGAUUGUGUUUUUAA